AUGGCCAUGAAAGGAGAAGUUCCUCUAGCAAAAGUCAAUGCUGAUUAUACUAACAAGGGGAGUAGUGAUGAAGGAACAUAUUUUAAACCUGUUGAAAGUAGCGUUCUUGGUUAUGAUAUAAUGGGUCAACUUGUGUCUGGAAGAUUAGUAGGAGAAGAUGUUUAUAACUCUGGUUUAAUUUGGAAAAAGGCUUAUCCCCAUGUUGGCCAAGAUAAUUUUUGCCCUCCUCGAGUACUCGACGGUAAUGCAACCAAAACACACAUAAUUUUCCAAAAAUAUUUCAGCAUGGAUUCCUUUGUCAGAGGCAAAAGAAUCGUCUUCCCGACAAAGCAGUACAAUGUUUUCCUCAGUUUUCGUGGCAGUGACAUUAGGAAAACUUUAGUGGAUCAUAUGUUGGAAUCUUUUGCUGCUGCAGGGAUAAAGGUUUAUCGGGUCGACCAAACCAGGGAAAAGGGAAACGAUAUCUGGACCAGCUUGACGAAGGCACUUGAUGAUAGCGAUAUCAUCAUCCCCAUUUUUAGCAGAGAUUAUGCUCGGUCACCGUGGUGCCUGGACGAGCUCGUGCAUAUGUGGAAAUACAAAAUGAUCAUCAUUCCGCUCUUUUAUCACGUCCAGCCGUGCCAGAUUCGACACGCAUACAGUCAACCAAAAGCAGCCAGUGAAGCAAACCCAUACAGUGAGGCAUUGGAAGAGCACCAACGUAAAGGCCGAUAUCUGCCAGAGAUCAUUGAAGAGUGGAAGCAGGCAUUGAAGGAAGUUUCAAAUUUCAAAGGGUGGACUACUGACGGUGAAUUUGAAUUUGAGGGAAGACUGUUAAAACAGGUCGUCCAUGACGUUACCAAGAAAUUGGGUAAAAUCCCGUUUCAAAACCUACCAGAGUAUCCUGUGCAACUCGAGAGGAAGAUACUAGAGGUGAUACAAAAGCUCAACAUUGACGACAAAGAAAAUGUGCUUGCAGUCGGUAUCUGGGGGCUUGAUGGGAUUGGCAAGACUACAAUCGCCAAGGCCGUUUUCAACCGUAUCUUCGAAAAUUUUGAAGCCUAUUGUUUUCUGUCCGACGAUAGUACCAAGUGUCAGCACAAGGAUGGGCUCAGAGACUUAACCUCGAGGAAGUACCGCAGGUUUCAUAUUCCUGAUGAAGGGCGUUCAGUGAUGGCACAGUUUUCCGGUCUGAAGCGCACCCUCAUCGUUUUAGACAACAUUGUUGAUAGCAAGCAGCUGGAGAUUCUAAGAGGGCAAAAUUGGGCAGGCCCUGGAAGCAGAAUGAUCCUUACAACUCCAGAUAAGCAUAUAUUGAACAGAGCACAAAUAAAGGAAAUUUACAAGAUGGACGGACUGGAACACAACGAGGCUCUGCGUUUGUUCAGUUGGCGUGCAUUUUCGAGUCCUGAACCAGAUGCACGGUAUGCCCAAGAAUGCGAAAGGAUUGUAAAAGCCUGUGAUGGAUUGCCGCUGGCCGUCGUAGCCGCUGGAGAUCUUUUGCACGACAAAACCGAUAAUCCUGGAUGUUGGAGUGAAGCCUUGAGCACACCUCAGAGCAUCUGUCAUCAAAAAGUUUACGACGUGAUCAAGCCUAAUUAUGACAAACUAACAUUUCAAGAGAAAAAAAUCUUCGUGCAUAUUGCUUGUUCCUACGUAGGACAAAAGACAGAGCAGGGUAUCCGACACUGGAAAAAAUUUAACUGGGAUGCGCAUACAGUCAUUAAAAAUCUUGAGUUCAAAUCAUUAAUAAUCAUAGAUGGUGAUGGUAGACUCAGGAUGCAGAGGCUUGUGAGAGAUAUGGGGGAAGCAAUUAACGAGGCAGAGGAGCCCGAAAAUUGCUGUCUCCAAAUAUUCAAUCGCAAUUCCAUUUCAACUUUCCGCUUUAAAUAUCCGCUACAUAAGAGACUAGAGAACAGAGACUAG